GCAAGAACAAGAUCCAGGCUUUUUCCGCGUCAGCUGCACACAAACACAGCGCGCGACCAAACAAUAACGAAUCGGUUAAAUUCUCACUCAGGAAUAUUCUGGAAACAUUUUCACUUCGAGCACCGACACUGUCGCCGCUGGUUUUUCUGGUAACCGCCGGAAAAAAAAAACAGCCUUCUGGAAGGAUUGUAAGGAGAGAAAAGUUGCUUUUUCUGGAGUGUUUACUGUCUAAUUGUUUGUAAAGUUAAAUAAAUUAUCGUGAAGUAAUCCGCUGUUUGUUGUCAUGUAGUUAGCUUGCUAGCUAGAGCUACUCAGAGCGCGCGAGGAUUUACAUGGACUUCAAGUGUGUGUGUGUGUGUGUGUGGGGACAAACUGCGUGUUAACUUCAGCACGUCUCCAAAUAAAUAAAUAAAUAAACAAACAAACAAUUAGUUUAAAUUACCGCACCCGGAUACGAAAACAAGUUCUUUACCCAAACGGAGAAAUAAUAAGUGGUGUACGUCGCCGCCUGAACGCGUCCCACUCGGGCUCAUGUGUGAUCAGAGUUCAGAUGAAGAUGUGGAUCCUGAAUCUGAGCAGGCGGAGGAGCUCGCAGGAAGCCUCAGCAAGUGGACCAACUAUAUCCAUGGGUGGCAGGACCGCUGGGUGGUACUGAAGAACAACACAUUAAGCUACUACAAGUCAGAGCAUGAGCAAGCGUAUGGCUGCAGAGGAUCACUCUGUCUCAGCAAGGCUAUCAUCAAGCCGCAUGAAUUUGACGAAUGCCGCUUUGACAUCAGUGUAAAUGACAACAUUUGGUAUCUGCGAGCUGAAGAUCCUGAGCUCCGGCACCAGUGGAUCGAUACCAUUGAACUUCACAAGGCUGAAUCAGGCUAUGGUUCAGAGACCAGCCUGCGGCACCAUGGAUCCAUGCUGUCCCUCACUUCUGCCACCAGUGGCCUCUCGACCACCUCCACAUCUUCCUUUAAGAAAGGCAACAGUCUCAGAGAGAAGCUGGCAGAGAUGGAGACAUUCCGGGACAUUCUGUGCAGACAAGUAGACACACUGCAGCGCUACUUUGACAACUGUGCAAAUGGAGAUUACAGAGACGAGUUCUUCAGGGACAAAGUAUUUGAGGAUGGUGAAGAUGAUUUUUCCACCUUACGGCCAAAUGGAGACUACCUCCACAACAAUAGCAGCAAAGAGAAGUUAUUCUCUAUGGCCAGCUCCAGAGGGCCCAUUGGCAUUGAUUUCAAAGGUGAAGCCAUCACUUUUAAAGCCACCACAGAAGGCAUACUCUCUACAAUGUCCCACUGCAUUGAGAUCAUGGUCAAACGUGAGGAGACCUGGCAGAAGCGACUGGAUAAAGAAACAGAACAGAGGAGAAGAGUAGAAGAAUCCUAUCAGUCAGCCAUAACAGAACUGAAGAAGAAAUCUCACUAUGGAGGACCAGACUAUGAAGAAGGGCCAAACAGUCUCAUCAAUGAAGAUGAAUUCUUUGAUGCUGUCGAAGCAGCUCUGGAUAAGCAGGACAAGAUUGAGGAGCAGACAGAGAAGUGCAGGGCUGCUUGGCCAGUUACACUCAACUCCUCUCUUAAUACUCACAAAUACACCAAUAAGCCUCUUAGUCAUGCUUCCUCAGUGUCCUCUCUCGACUUAGUCAGUGCUUCUGAUGAUGUACACAAGCUCAGUACUCAGGUGGAGGAAAUAAUACACAGUCACAUGACCCACUCAUUACAGGAUGUAGGUGGAGAUGCGAACUGGCAGCUUGUUACUGAGGAGGGUGAGCUGAAGGUGUACAGGAGAGAGGUGGAGGAGAAUGGUGUUGUGUUGGACCCUCUCAAAGCCACACACGCUGUUAAAGGGGUUACAGGUCAUGAGGUCUGUCAUUACUUCUGGGACACAGCCUUUCGGAGUGACUGGGAAACAACUGUCGAAAACUUCAGUGUGGUAGAGACAUUAACAGACAAGGCAGUAAUUAUUUACCAGACUCAUAAGAGGGUGUGGCCUGCUUCACAAAGGGACAUCCUUUAUCUGUCCGUUAUCCGCAAAAUCCUCUCCACAAAUGAGAAUGAACCAGAUACGUGGAUUGUGUGCAAUUUUUCUGUAGAUCACGACAGAUAUCCACCCACAAGUAGGUGCAUCCGUGCCAAAAUCAAUGUGGCCAUGAUCUGCCAGACACUAGUCAGUCCACCAGAGGGCAACAAAGAGCUCGGCAGAGACAAUAUACUCUGUAAAAUAACUUAUGUAGCUAAUGUGAAUCCAGGUGGAUGGGCACCAGCAUCAGUCUUGCGUGCGGUGGCCAAACGUGAAUAUCCAAAAUUCCUAAAGCGCUUCACAUCAUAUGUUCAAGAUAAGACCAGCGACAAAGCAAUCCUCUUUUAAAAAAGGUUGCCUGCCCUGUGCCAUCUGCCAUCGUCCCAUAAACAUGUCUGUAAGAGGCCUUAUCCAUCCCUGCACACACUAAAUCUCAAUCAGGGCAAGAGAUUCACAGAGCUACGUUACCCAGGAAUCUUUUAUCCAGCAGUCAUAUGAAAUGCAGUGUUCUGGAUCAGGAAGAUCAAUGUUCUUAUACAGGAUUCCAGAAAAUCUCACAGUAUUCAUUUUACACAGUGACUGCAUAUACGGUACAGUCCUUCUCGUGUUGAGGGCAUGGUUACUGGUGGUUUUUGUCUGCUUUGGCUUUUGUAAGUGUUAGUGUUAUGGCUUUUGUAAAAAAAAAAAAAAAAUUUGUAUUCAUAUUACUUGCACAUUGAGUCAUGUCUUUAUUAAAAUUUAAACACUAAACUUGAAUGCCUUUAAUGAAACACUUUCUCAGUUAGAACAGGUUUCUUUAGGCCUUAUGUAGUUUUCCUGUAUGGGGUACAAGUUCUCUGCUUUGAUCGAUAGAGAAUGUGAAGAGCUUUAAAUAAAAACCUUUUCUUUUAGUGCCCUCUGUCUUAAUUGUAUGUAUAUAAUUUUGUGCACGUGGUAGAGGUUAAAACAUGCAAGAUACAGAGAUUGAAGAACUGGAUAGCACUAUGACUAUACUGUCACUGUAAAAAAAAAAAAAAAUUGGGGAAAGAUUUAGAUCCACUUUUGUAAAUGUUUUGUAAAGCAUUUCACCAAAUAAUACAGAACUACCUUCCUUUUGAGCAUUCAUUUUGGAUAUGCCCUUAUGUUAUACACAAGGCAUAAGUGUAUUUACCAGAUAUUUCCUGGUCAUUUCAUGAUUUCAUUGGACCUGAAUAAAAUGUAUCAUAUUUAUCUAUAGCCUUAUUUGACCGAAUAACUUUAAUCAUGUACAAGAAGUGUGUGUUUGUUGUAGCCUGUGCUCAAAGUGUGAAUUCUGAGUUCACCUUGUUGUAAGGCUUAAUUUUGUUAACUACAGAGAAAUCUGUGUUAAUGUUCAUAUUUGCACUAAUUAUAAAAGCGUUGCUUUACAAUCAGUUUACACGCUGCCAAAUGAUAAUCAUAUGUAUGAGUGAUUUUUAUAGCGGGUGGUAUGUAUGAAAUAAAUAUACAGAUUAUAGUGCCUGUUAAUAUGCGCCGCUGAACUUUCCAGAAUGCUUUUUUUUGUUGACAAAUUUAUUGUGAAUAUGCAGUAAGCAAAUACAUGUUUAUAGCACUCUUUAAUGAUUAAAAUGUAUGAGGAUGUGAAUAAAUAUUUUCUGGCUUUA